AUGGACCUGCCUGGCCAGACCAAAUCCCGCACUUUCCUAAUCGACAACGCGCCGGGCAAGUUCGAUGAUUGGGUAUCCAAUAACUGGGGUACGACCGCCCUCGCCUCAGCCCGCAUCUUCGGACCCGUCCUUGCAAAGCGCUCGAUCGGAACUUGGAGCAGUCUACAGAUUUACAUUGAAGUGUGGCCUAUCAAGGAUGCUGCGGGCACUGGGAUCGAGUAUCUUGUCGAGGCAUCCUUCAAGACGAAUAGCCGUACCACCGCUGCGACGAAGCAGGCAGAUCUCAUUACUCUCUUGACCAAUAAGGGCUGGUUCCUCGCUCAAGAUUCUUUGAAAACGCAGCUUAUCAUGGACCGCUACUAA